AUGGGCAUCAGAGGCGGUGGUGGCAGCGAAUUGUCUCACCUGGACAUCUGGGACAUCCCAGAGGCUUUUGAGGUGUCUCUGCAGGAAGCUGUCAACACAAUCUGGGUGAAGCUGAGCCAGCUGGAGGAAGGAUAUCAGCCAGACGCCCGCGUCUUCCAGUGUGCUACCUGCCGCCUCAUGGACUGCCAGUUUCCUUUGGACUGCCCAGUGCAGGACAUGCAGGUCCGCACAGAUGAAGCCAUCACACUGCUCUGCAAUGUACCCUUUGCCACCCCCGCCAACCUGCCCAUUGUCUGGAUGUUUGCCAAGGACUUGCACACACAGGAUCCGGCCCUGUUUGAGGAGCUGAAGGUGGGUGUGGAGGGACUUUUCAUCCUGACCAUCCAGGACCCUACUCCAGGAACCAUUGCCUGUCACCUGGGAGACCCUUCUGAGCCCUUGGUCCGCAAGUACUUCUACCUCAAUGGUUGGCCCAGGGACUGCAGCGAGGUCUCUGCUGGCAGCCCCAGUAGCGUCUACAUCAUCCAGCCCGCAGGAUUGGACCCCAUGGUGGUGUACUGCGAAAUGAAUGCGACAGACAGGGGCUGGACAGUCAUCCAGAGGAACCGGCAGAGCACAGAGAUCACCUGGGCUGAGUCCUGGAGCACCUACAAGUACGGCUUUGGGGACGUGCACACCGAGUACUGGCUGGGCACUGAGUACAUCCAUCACAUCACCAAGCAGAAGGUCUACCAGGUCAGAUUUGUCAUUCAGGACUCCCAGGGACAGCAGGUGCACAACAACAUGAAGUUCUCCACUAAAGAUCGAGAUCAGGACACAUACAGAGGGAAUUGUGCCUCCCGCUAUGGGGGUGGGUGGUGGUAUUCAGCCUGUUAUUCUGUACAGCUGAACGUCAAGGGUGGCAUAACAUGGGGCAGCCUGUGCAAAGGGACCUGCAAAGCUUCUGCCAUCCUCAUCAAACCAGCUUUGAACCAUUAG